AUGGCGUCCAAGCAAGACACGAAACACCCCAAGUUCGGCGGCCUUCCGUUGUCGACGUCCGGACCUCUCGACUGCGCCCUCACUGCAAGUUGCCGCAAUCCAUCUUCGCCCACGCUGCCUGCUGACCCGCCAGGGCUCCGCACUGCUCAACACGCCAACAUCCAGACUCUUGAAGACCAGGUCAAACGCGCCUAUGAACAGUACAGCAGCCGCCCCAACCCCUUGGCCAAAAACACCUUCAUGACGAGCAUGAAGGAGCAGAACGAGGUGCUUUACUACCGCCUCAUUCACGACCACUUGAAAGAGAUGUUCAGCGUCAUCUACACCCCCACCGAAGGCGAAGCAAUUGCAAACUACUCACGCCUCUUCCGCCGCCCGGAAGGCUGUUUUCUCAACAUCGACGACGCCGACAGGAUUCCUGACGACUUGGAUCAGUUCGGCCCCUCGGACGAGAUAGACCUCAUCGUCGUCAGCGACGGCGAACAAAUUCUGGGAAUCGGUGACCAAGGCGUGGGCGGAAUCCUGAUCUCUGUCGCAAAGCUGGUCAUCUACACGCUGUGUGCCGGUAUUCACCCUGCCCGCGUUCUGCCCGUAGUCCUGGACUGCGGAACCGACAAUGAGGAAUUGCUCAACGACGACCUCUACCUUGGUCUCCGAAAGCCAAGAACACGUGGGCAGAGGUAUGAUGCUUUCGUCGACAAGUUCAUCACCUCGGCCAGGAAGAGGUACCCUAAAGCUUACAUCCACUUUGAGGACUUCGGACUCCCCAACGCCAGACGUAUCCUUGAUAAAUACACACCAAAGAUCCCUUGCUUCAAUGACGAUGUUCAAGGCACUGGCUGCGUAACUCUCGCUGCUAUCAUGUCCGCCAUGCACAUUGCCAAUAUCGACUACAAGGAUUUGAGAGUCGUCAUGUUUGGCAGCGGCACGGCUGGCACAGGGAUAGCAGACCAGAUCAAAGAUGCCAUCGCCGAAUCCUCCGAGAAAUCCGUCGAGGAGGCGGCAACACAGAUCUGGUGCGUUGACAAGUCAGGACUCCUCCUGAAAUCCAACAAGGACGACCUUACUCCUGCCCAAGUCGGUUACGCUCGCGACGAUUCCGAAUGGGAGGGCAAGGACCACAGCAACCUUCAGAGCCUGAUCAAAGAGGUCAAGCCCCACGUCUUGAUCGGCACGUCCACUAAGCCGGGCGCCUUCACCAAGGAAGUCGUCGAGGAGAUGGCGAAGCACGUCGAGAGGCCCAUCAUCUUUCCUCUCAGCAACCCCACCAAGCUGCACGAAGCUAAGCCUGCCGACUUGUUCGAGUGGACCAAGGGCAAAUGCCUCGUUGCAACAGGAAGCCCUUUCGAUCCUGUGGAAUACGGCGGUAAGGAAUACGAGAUAGCCGAAUGCAACAACUCCACCACCUUCCCUGGCAUCGGCCUCGGCGCCGUCCUCAGCCGCACCCGGUUGAUGACGCCCUCACUCCUCGUUGCCGCCGUUGGCGCCCUCGCCCAGCAGGCACCCGCCUUGAAGCACGAAAAUAAGGGCACCCCGCGCGAACUCGCCCUGCUGCCCGACGUCACCGACGUGCGCGAGAUCAGCGUGCACAUCGCAAAGGCCGUCAUCAAGAAGGCUGUCGAGGAAGGCCUGAACGAGGAGAAGAAGAUCCCCGGCGACGAUGCCGACCUGGAGGAGUGGAUCAGGGAGCAGAUGUGGGAUCCCGUCUACCGACCGCUGCGCAAGGUCGAUCCCGAAGGCGCGAGCAGGCUUGCCAAAGGGGAGGCCGGCGCGUCUAGCGUGCGCAGACCGGGCAGCUUCAGUUAUCAUUAG